UAGGAACUGUCAGGCUUGGGUAUGUGCGUUUCCCGCCGGCCGGUAACGCUGCGGAAAGGAUCGCGGCUGUUCUGAUGGUGGGAGAGCAUGUCGAGUUUCUCUAGGGCGCACCAGCAAUGGGCCACAUUUGCUCGAGUCUGGUAUCUCCUAGAUGGGAAAAUGCAACCCCCCGGCAAACUCGCUGCCCUGGCCUCUGUUAAACUUCAGGGGCUGCAUAAACCGAUGUAUCAUCAGCUGAGUGACUGCGGGGAUCACGUUGUUAUAAUUAACACAAGGCACAUUGCGUUUUCUGGAAACAAAUGGGAACAAAAAGUAUACUCUUCACACACUGGGUACCCAGGUGGAUUUAAACAGGUAACAGCUGCCCAGCUUCACCAGCAGGAUCCAGUGGCUAUUGUAAAACUAGCUACGUACGGCAUGCUGCCCAAAAACCUACAUAGAAGGACCAUGAUGCAGCGCUUACAUCUCUUCCCAGACGAGAGUAUACCAGAAGAUAUUCUUCAGAAUUUAGUGGAAGAGCUGCCACAACCACGAAAGGUGCCCAAACGCCUGGACGAAUACACACAAGAGGAGGUGGACGCUUUCCCCCGGCUGUGGACCCCGCCUGAAGAUUACCGGCUGUAGGAGAAUGAAAAUUGCAGAAAAUCGCAAUGAGGUGAUUGAAACUUCCUCCUGCCGAGCCUUUCCUAACCCACGGGCCGCUUGAAGCAUUGCUGCAUCGAACAGGAAGCCCGUUACGGGUGCUGAAAGUUUGUGGGGAGAGGUCGGGAAGGGAUCUUCCUUCAACAGCAAGUUUCAGUACAUGUAUUUUGUGGAAUUGCUUUAUCGUGUAAUUGGAUUAGAAAGUUAUCAGUGGCGAUAAGAAUAAAAUUGCGUACUUGGCUA